UUUCAGGUUUGAGCCAUGGGUAGAGUAAUUCGUGCGCAGCGUAAAGGUGCGAGAAAGGGAGCACCAAAGUUACGAUCUUUAGACUUUUCCGAAAGGCAUGGAUUCAUCAAGGGUGUCGUGAAGGAUAUUAUUCAUGACCCUGGUCGUGGAGCGCCAUUAGCGGUGGUACAUUUCCGUGAUCCUUACAAAUUCAAAACACGUAAAGAAUUAUUUAUUGCACCUGAGGGAAUGUACACUGGCCAAUUUUUGUAUUGUGGAAAGAAAGCCAAUCUCCAGAUUGGAAAUGUGAUGCCAGUCGGCAUGAUGCCAGAAGGUACGAUUGUCUGUAACUUGGAAGAGAAAACUGGCGACAGGGGCCGAUUGGCUAGAGCUUCUGGCAAUUACGCCACAGUCAUAACACACAAUCCUGACACUAAGAAAACGAGAGUUAAAUUACCUUCUGGAGCAAAAAAAGUCAUUCCUUCCAACAAUAGAGCAAUGGUUGGAAUCGUUGCUGGUGGCGGACGUAUAGAUAAGCCUAUACUCAAAGCCGGUAGAGCUUAUCACAAGUACAAGGCAAAGAGGAAUUGCUGGCCUAAGGUUCGUGGUGUUGCUAUGAAUCCUGUGGAGCAUCCUCACGGUGGUGGUAAUCAUCAACACAUUGGGAAAGCAUCCACCGUCAAGCGUGGCACCAGCGCUGGUCGUAAGAUUGGUCUUAUUGCUGCUCGUCGUACCGGUAGAAUUAGAGGAGGCAAGACCGACACGAAGAAGGACGAUUAGAUUAAACGCUGAUACAUGUUGUAUAAUAAAGGAAAAUAUACAAACUUACAAACUUUG